UCUUGCUUCUCCCCAGAACCCGAGGUUCUCGGCUACCCACUGAGUGCCGUCUCCAGCCGGCUCCCAUCAGGUCCAGCCCGCCCGCCUGGCGCGCAGCUCGCGUCCUGUAGACCCCAGGGUGCAACCCAAGGUUGGGGGACUGAGUUCCCCGGAGGUCUGCAACAGACUUCCCGCCGGCUGCUCGCGGAGAUGCCUGGAAAGAAGGCGCGUAAGAACGCGCAGCCGAGCCCCACGCGGGCCCCGGCAGAGCUCGAAGUUGAGUGUGCCAUUCAAUUCAGGAGAAUUGGAGACAAACUGAGUUUCCGGCAGAAACUUCUGAAUCUAAUAUCCAAACUCUUCCGCUCAGGAACCUGACUGCUUCUGAAGCCUUCUAACGAGGAGCCUCCUUUAAAAUGAGAUUCCCCAGUAGGUGCAUAUUUCAGCAAUUAGCGGAGAGACUGCCUUAUAGUGGAGAAGAAUGUGAAGGUGCUCUCACUUGCCCUUGGAAAUGAAGAUGGAAUACAUCACAGUGAAUUUCUACUAGAGGUUUCCCAGCAGUCAUUCUUUGGGAUGCGAGAACAUUAUAAAACCACUUUGUUUAUUUUAAAGCCAAAAUUGAAGAGCUUUGAAAAUGCAGAAUGAAUUAUUUAUAUGUUUUGUUUUUGCUUAGAGAAUUGUUCUAGUAUUUUUGCUGAAGGUUGCUGCCUAGCGUAGUGUAAGAGGAAUUGACGAACUGAUGAGAAUGUGGGCAGGGACCAAGAAAUAGAGUAUGUUCAGUGUUUAUUUCUACUUUGGGAUGACAACUCCAGAACAAUGUGUCAUAUCUGGUUUAUAUAUAUAUUAUCUUGUUAAAAGUAAAAAUUGCAUUCUAAGAACACUGAAUGUCAUAAUGAAUGUUGAUUUCAUAGGUCACUACAAAAUAUAAAAUAAUUUGAUAAUUUGUUUCUUUUGACUUUACUAUGUAUUACUUCUGUUCAGGUGAACUUUAAGUAAAUGUGUCCCUGUGGGUCUUAACUGAAAAGUAUGUAAUUUGAAAAAUUUGAUAGAAGUUAUAGAUAGAAUUUAUUUGAUAGAGUGUUUCUUGGUGCCAGUAAAAUUCUUGCGGUUGAAUAUUAAAAUAUAAAGAGCGUGGGGAAUUUGCAUAACCAGGAAUAAUUUUUAAAAAGUGAAUUCAACUUCAUACUGCUGCAAUUAAAACUUAGUAAAACAAAUAUUCUAAAGUAACCAUAAAAAAAUGAAUGUGUUUCUCAAGUUUCUAAAAUCGAAAGUUCCCUUUCUCAUACUAGUCAGCGUGUAUCCUAGAAAUAGUGAUCUUUUAAGAGAAAUUAAGCAUGUUUUCAUAAUUGGGAUGUACUUAAAAAAAAAAAAAGGAACAGAUUGCUCAUCCAGAAUGAAAAUCCCAUUUAUAUAUAUAAACAUACAUUUUGCAGAGUGAUAUGUAGCUUCUGAGAAAGGUUUCAUGCAUUUUUUUUUUUAAAUUAAAAGGCCAGGCUAUCAACAAAGUCCCCAAAUACAUAUUAAAAAAAGUGAUAGUUCAAUUUCAGCAAGAAUAAUCUUAUUUAUUUUACCUAUUUAUAAUUAAAAUAUUUUUGGUUUAGUUUAAAAAUGUAUAUUAAAGUUACAGUUGUGGGUUAUGAGACAAAGGUUUUAUAACUACUUGAACUCUUAUAGUAAGAAUGUUUUAAUAUAGACUAUAGUCACUUUAGAUAAAAAAAUUACCUCAGCAUCUAUUUUUCUUCAGUAUUACUUAAGGCGUGAGUUUAUUUAGUUGGAAAGAUUUUUGUAUGUGUGUGCCUAGAGGCAUAUCCUUUGCCAUAUGGAUAUUUAUGGUCUAUAAUUAUAUUUAUACAUGUAUAUAUCCUUUUCAAACUGUAUACUGUAGCUGUAAACCAUUAAA